UACGUAUAAGUUUUUCGGAGGGUGUUAGCCAUCUUGAGAAGAGCCGGUGGCUGUCUAAAGAAAACGCUUCGUAGUGUCCGUGUAAACAGUGUAGACUAGUAGGUAUGGAUGAAGAAUACGAUGUCAUCGUUUUGGGAACAGGCUUGAAGGAAUGCAUCCUCAGCGGUAUGCUGUCCGUGAGCGGGAAGAAGGUCCUGCAUAUGGACAGAAACAAGUACUAUGGCGGCGAGAGUGCCUCCAUGACCCCACUUGAAGAGUUCUAUAAACAUAAAGGACGGCCGUAUCCUGCAGAUGACAAUAUUUUUGGAAGAGGAAGGGAUUGGAAUGUUGACCUAAUUCCCAAGUUGUUGAUGGCCAAUGGCCAGCUGGUGAAGCUACUCCUCCACACUAAGGUCACCAGGUACCUGGAGUUCAAGUCCAUUGAAGGAAGCUACGUGUACAAGCAAGGCAAGAUCUACAAGGUCCCCUGCAAUGAGAAGGAGGCCCUGACUUCAUCUCUAAUGGGUCUGUUUGAGAAGAGGCGGUUCAAGAGCUUCUUGCAGUUUGUUUCCGAUUUCAAGGAAGAUGACCCAAAGACCCACAAGGAUAUCAAUAUCAACGGAACAGCCGCACAAGUGUAUGAGAAGUUUAGUUUAGACAAGGGAACCAUUGACUUUGCAGGCCAUGCCUUGGCUCUCUACAGAGAUGACACCUACCUGAAUGGACCGUGUGUGGACCUGAUCAAGCGCUGCCAGCUGUACAGUGACUCCCUGGCCAAGUAUGGCAAGAGCCCAUACCUGUACCCUCUCUACGGUCUAGGUGAACUGCCACAAGGCUUUGCAAGAUUGAGUGCCAUCUAUGGGGGAACCUACAUGCUGGACAAGGAAGAUGCUACAAUAGUGUACGAGGAUGGCAAGGUUGUGGGCGUGUCUUCAGUUGGAGAGACCGCCAGGUGUAAGAUGGUUGUGUGUGACCCCAGCUAUGCCAAGGAGAAGUGUAAGAAAGUGGGGCAGGUGGUGCGUGCUAUAUGCAUAUUGAACCAUCCAAUUCCCAACACUUCCGAUGCUUUGUCUUCUCAAAUCAUCAUUCCACAGAACCAAGUUGGACGUAAUUCGGACAUCUAUGUUUGCUGCGUGUCCUAUACCCAUCAAGUGGCCGCCAAGGGCUUCUUCCUGGCCAUUGUUAGUACAACUGUGGAGACUGACAACCCAGAGGCUGAACUCAAACCAGGACUUGACCUUCUGGGCGCAAUUGUUGAGAAGUUUGUCGAUACUUCCGAUUUACUGGCUCCCACAGACGAUGGAACUGACAGUCAGGUGUUCAUCACCAAGUCGUACGAUGCAACUACCCAUUUUGAAACCACUUGUGAUGACGUCUUGGACCGCUUCGAAAAAAUUACUGGUGAGAAGUUUGAUUUCUCAAACAUCAGCCAAGGCGAUGAACAACAGCAGUAGAACUGAACAGAACAAAAUGUGACUUUUACUGCAAUUCUAUUGCACAUUGGACAGUGCUUAUUCCACGUCAUUCACGACACAGGACCACACUGCCCAAACUUCGGAGAAGAUCCACCAUCUUGGAAUGCUAGUAUACAGUGGUGCCCUGGUGAAUCUGCUUCGUGAAGUCUGGGUAGUCUCCCUUUGUCUGCCAUGUAGACCAGACCACAGUCUGAUCAUGUAACAAGCUCAUUGAGUUGAAUGUUUCCCACGGGAUGCUUCAGUUGGUGCAGCUGUCCUUUUUAUGUUUGACCAUGUACUAUAAGCCCCGCUUGUUUUGUGUCCAAGUUGUUGGUCGUGUCAAAGGUGUAUUAGGUGUUGUAAGAUUUCGUCAACUAUUCUUGUUGUCUUCAAUCAUGUACAAGCCAUUUCUGAAGACAUUUUACCAUGUGUAAGUGAGUAUCUAUCUCUCUCUCUCUUCGAUAAAUCCUGGAUAAGUUAGAACAGAUGUUAUUGCUGCUUUGAAUAUUUUGUGCAUGCUUAGUAUCUAAAACUUUGGAGUAUUCCCAUGACAUGGAAGUACGUUAUGUUAAUCGUAGUUUGAUGAGGGAAGUAUCUAACUGUAACUCAUGUUAUCAGAGGAUACUAUUUUAGUAGUCUUAAUGUUAGCAUGCCAAGAAGUUGUUUCCACUUUCCAAAAAUUCCAUAACUUUUAUUUUAUUUUGUUAAAAAGUAGCACGAUGUACAUGUAUUUAACUGCUGUAAUGUUUGAAUAAAAUCUUAAUAUAUGAAAUAAUUGCAGUUUUAUCAAUUCCAUAUACGUUAUUGACAAAGUGUCAAGCUCAAAUUGAAAGUUAGUGAAUCUUGAGUUAUUUCGAUCUAGGUCGUCAUGACCUACCUUGGAGUACAAAUGAUGGCACCGCUCCAGAUGGAAAACAUGUGUCUUUCAUCAUGUGUAAUGGUCACACAAUGUGGUCAUCAAACUCAUCAAACACAAAAGAAAACGGGGUGGUCGGGUAGCCUAGUGGUUAAAGCAUUCACUCAUCACGCCGAAGACCCAGGUUCAAUUCCUGACAUGGGUUUAAUGUGUGAAGCCCAUUUCUAGUGUCCCCACCCCCCUGUCGUGAUAUUGCUGGAAUAUUGCUAAAAGCGGCGUAAAACCAAACUCACUCACUCACUCAAUAGAAAACACUUAAAAGCUUGCUAAGGGUGAUGUUAUGAAGUUAUUGGGCUGGUAUAGAGUAAGGCAUUACAUUUGGAGAAGUAUUUGUUACAUUGUGUUCAUGUAUAUUUCCACUUCUGUUGCAUCUGUGUAAAUUGGAUCAUGAAGUACAUACAACAGAUAAUUGUGGUUGAUAUUUUGUUAUACUCUAUUUGCAAUGGUUGAAGAUAUUGGAAGCUUUAUUUUUUGUCAGCUCUUCAGUGUACAAACAUUCUGUGCAUUUUCUAGUAUGAAGUAGACGACCUCUCAUGUUGGCAUCAACAACAACUAAUAUCCCAUGUUCAAAGUGGUCUGUGGUGAACCAGUGCCAAAGGCAGUAUUUUAUGCAGUGGAACCUUUUCUGAAAACAAUUGUCUGAAUUGUUUGUAACCCAUAUGUACUUAAAGUGAAUAAGGGUUUGGGAGAAGGAUGUUUUGUGAUUGAGCACAUGGCAAUUUUACAACUGUCAAUUAAAAGAGACCCUUGACAAUGGAAAAUAUCUACCGGUAUCAUGAAACAUUUUCAAGAGUGUUGCUAGUCUUUUUGUCUCUAGAUUCUGUAGUUUUUGCUUUCAUUUAAGAUCAUUGUGCUCCAACAGUAAGGUGUGUUCACAAUGCCUACCCUUCGUAGAUCACAUGAGGGAGAUUAGUUGUCACUGAUCAAUUCUGGAUAUGGUUAACUUGUUUUUGAAGGGUUUCACUCCAGCUGGUCCGUGCAAUAGUUUGAAAACCUGUGUUUGUUAAUAUGUACUAUAUUAUCUUUCACUUAUGUUUUAUGCGUCGAGACAUGUACUCUUUGUGUAAGCAGAUAAAGUUACUAUGAUUCUGCUCUGUUGUUGACAAAUCAUGAUAUUUCACGCAAAGGCUAUUAAUAUGUACUUUGAGAGAAUUAUAGCUUUCAUUGACAUCCAGAUGAUUUACUUGCGCAUGUAUGAGUAAAAUCAAGUCAUUGAUUAUUGUCAAUAAAGAUGUGAGUAUUGCUUA